GUGCGGCGCGACGCAACUCGCGUUAAUUCAAUAGCAAGAGCAAGGUAACGACUAACGAGCGAUCGCGACAGCGGGCAGUCGUCCGUCAUCGUUCGCACGUUCAGCGACGCUUGUGAAUUUUGUGUUCGCGAAAUUUUCUCCGAUCCACCGUCCGGACCGUGACGUCAUGUCCUCGGCAGGGAAAAUUGGGAUUAUCGGCAGCGGCUUGAUAGGUCGAAGUUGGGCCAUGCUUUAUGCAGCCAAGGGAUAUGAGAUUGUGAUCUACGACAUCAAUUUGGACCUUGUUAAUCAAUCAUUGGAAAUUCUGAACCAGCAGUUGCACCAAUUUGAAAAACAGGGUAUUUUGCGAGGCUCUACAAAUGCGGACCAGCAAUUCUCCUUGAUGAGAGGGACUGAUGUACUGUCAGAGUGCACGAAAAACGCUAAACUCGUUCAGGAAUGCGUGCCGGAAAAUUUGGAGCUGAAAAAGAAAGUUUUCUCCAAGGUAGAUGAGGUGGUCGGUCCAAACACAAUUCUUGCCAGUUCAACCUCAACGUUUCUACCGUCCCAAUUUUCUUCACACAUCGUCCAUAGGAAUCAAGUCAUAGUCGCUCACCCCGUAAACCCACCUUAUUUCGUGCCCCUUGUAGAAUUGGUACCCGCUGAGUGGACCGACAGCUUAGUGGUAACGACGACCAGAGAAUUGAUGGAAGAAAUUGGACAGAGCCCUGUCACCCUCACCAAAGAAGUACCCGGUUUCGCCCUCAACAGAAUUCAGUAUGCUAUUUUAAAUGAAUGUUGGCAUUUGGUAUCAGAUGGCAUACUCUCCGUCCAAGAUGUUGACAGAGUCAUGUCUGAAGGUCUUGGGAUGCGGUACGCAUUUUUAGGUCCAUUGGAAACUGCUCAUUUAAAUGCUGAAGGGUUUUCAAAUUACAGUCAACGGUAUGCAGAUUCAAUGUUUGCGGUUUGUCAGACAUUCAAACCUAUUCCAAAACUGGAGGGUGAACAAGCAGAGCAAAUUGCGAAGGAAUUAGAACGAAGCAUCCCGAUCGGCCACCUUCCCGAAAAAAGACUUUGGCGCGACAAUUGUCUGACGAAGCUGGCUCAACUCAAAAAACAGAUCAAAUCCGAAAGUAACUAGAAGCGGAAGCAGUUAACGAAAUAACCUCUGAGAAUGAUGCAGUGGUCUCAUAACACCGCAGCAAUCAAUUCAUAUUUAUUUUUGGCUAAGAUCAUGCAUAUUUAUAAUGGUAUCUUCAGGUUUUGAAAUCAAGUCAAGAACUUUAUUGGCUCAAGAUUCCGAUGGGAAAGACAUUUAGGAUUGUGCGAGCUCGUUUUUUAUUGAUUUGCAAGAAUAAAAAAGAAAUCGCGAUGCGAGUCAUAUUCGAAUAGACAUUUGCUAGGUAGAACUAUUCGAAAGCAUUCUUGGCAAAUCUGGUCAAAGAGAUAAGAAUUUGUUUAUUACAGUCAUCAAAAUGUUUUUGUCCAUUCAAGCUCAUGCCGAGAAUAGUAAUUUUUGUAACACGUCCAACCAAGAUAGACUAUAUCUUAUUAAUACUGCUUUUUUCUUCUCUCCUCUUUUCCUUUGUUUUUUUUUUAGAUUUCUGAGUAUGAUAAGGGGAAAGCCCAUGAUCUAAUGACUGUUACGCGAUCUAAGAUGAUCAUUGACAUUGUUUUGUCACACCUAAUUAAAAUUGAACUGUUAGUGAACGCACCUCAUUGAUCAAACAUUUACCAUGAGUUAUGGUUUCUCAUGAGGGGUAGCUAAUUUUUUGUUGCAAUGCAGCCAAAAAAAGUCUCAACAUAGAUUUUUGUGCUGCCUUUCUGCCGUUUAUGGCUCACAAUUAAUUGUGUAAAAAUUAAUCUAAUAACGGUGACGUAUUCAUCGCUCGCUUUCGGAUCACAAAACUGAACAUUCUGUGCAAGUUUGUGAGGAAGGGGUGGAGAAAUAAAGAGAAAACGUUCACAUACCCAUCACAACGAUCCCUUAUAGAUUGAAAAUAUACCGUCUCGAUUGUGUGGGUACGAUAUAACUUUGAAUUUUAUGCUAUGAAUUGUUGUCGUUCGUAAACCGAUUGUCACACAUAUCUGAUGGAUUUUCUACAUCUGAGUUUUUGAAAAAGUUUACCUGCCGGUAGCUUGGCUCAUUGUAAAAUUGAACAUGAUUUAUUUUGUAAGUUUUAGACUUUCGUGUAUCAACUCUAAGUAUACUCUGAUACCAAAGACGAAUGUAAAUAUAGUAAAAAUAAAAAAAAGUUUAAAAAUUGA